AGUCAAGUCGGCAGUAUUCAAGACUAGCUUAGUCGUAAGCUAUUAUCUGAUGGGGUUGGAUAAUACAAGAGAUUUGUUUCUUAUGCACACACUCCUCACUUACUCAUAUGUAUUCUUAUUUUAAUUAUUAAAUUUUUCUUUUGGUAAAAAUAACAGUAUAUCAGGCCAACCAGCCUUUGGUUUUUUGGAAAUCACAUAAGUUUCUUUUAUAAUUAAGUUAAUUAAUCAGUUAAUGGCUGAUAUGAAAAUAUGUUAAACUUUAAAAAAAGAAUUAUCGUAGGGAAAUUAGGCGAGCAAAAAUGGGAAAGCUUGUUUUGCGUUUGUCUCUUCGUAUGUAUAUCUUGUCCGCUACUAUUUCAUAUUUCGCGAAAAGUUUGCCAUUUACCUAGCAAGGAGAUUUGUUGGUUUUAGAUCUGCCCGUUGAUGUGUAUUUUGGAUGAUCAACUUUACUUACCACUCUUUAUGGGUAACUCAGGUCAGUCGCUUUGUAGAAUUGUAUAAUUAGGGUUAGAACAGUUGAUCGUGGUUAUGACGAACUACUAUUACUUCCCGGAGGAGGUGGUGGAGCACGUGUUCCAUUACCUGACGUGUCACAGGGAUCGGAAUGCUGUGUCUCUGGUGUGCAAGUCCUGGUACAGCAUCGAAAGGCUCAGCAGAGACAAGGUCUUGGUCGGUAACUGCUACGCCGUCACUCCUGAGAGGGUGAUUGCACGGUUUCCGAGGCUGAAAUCCCUAACCCUGAAGGGGAAGCCUGAUUCUUAUGUGUUCAGCCGGGCCCCACCUCACUGGGGAGGCUUUCUUCGCCCUUGGAUUGAGACCAUCGUCUCCACCGGACUUCAUUUGGAGGAGCUUCGAUUGAAGAGGAUGCUGGUUUCCGAUAAGAGCCUCCACUUGAUUUCUCAAUCCUUUCCUAAUUUCAAAUCUUUGGUUUUGGUCGGAUGUCAAGGUUUCUCCACCGAUGGUAUUGCCGCUAUUGCUUCCAAUUGCAGGUUUUUAAGAGAGUUGGACUUGCAAGAAACUCUAGCAGAUGAUGCCAGAGGACAGUGGCUUAGUUGUUUCCCGGACGACUGCACCACCCUUGUCUCAUUAAAUUUUGCUUCUCUCAGAGGACAAGUUAACUUUGUAGCUCUCGUGAAACUGGUGGCCAGAUGUCCGAACCUAAGAAGUCUGAGGGUAAAUUGUCUCGUGCCUCUUCCUGUUCUUCAGAGGAUUUUACUUCAAGCUCCUCAGUUGGUGGACUUGGGGGUGGGGUCCUUUGCCACUAAUCCAGUUUCAGAGACUUACAAUAAACUAAAGAAUGCUCUUCAGAAGUGUACUUCAAUUAGGAGCUUGUCUGGAUUUCUCAGUACAGUGGAUCCUUCCUGCCUACGUGCUAUUUAUCCAGUCUGCAAGAGUUUGACAUCCUUGAAUUUGAGCCGCUCGCCUAUCAGCAGUAGUAAACUUUGUGAACUGAUUCAUCAUUGCCGGAAGCUAGAGUGCCUAUGGAUUCGAGAUAUCAUUGGAGAUAAAGGUCUCGGCAUUGUGGCUUCUACAUGUAAAGAGUUGCAGGAAUUAAGGGUCUUCCUUUAUUCGACAGAGUUUUCUGGUGUUACUGAAGAAGGCUUGGUUGCUGUAUCAACUGGUUGCCCUAAGCUUAAAUCAUUGUCGUAUACGUGCAGACAGAUGACUAAUGCUGCACUGAUAACUGUGGCAAAAAAUUGCCCCAAUUUAGUUUGUUUCAUGUUGCAGACUGUGAACCCAAAAAUGCCAGAUGCAAUGACUAAAGAGCCACUUGAUGAAGGUUUUGGGGCGAUUGUACAGUCAUGCAAAGGCCUUAAGCGGCUGAGACUCUCUGGUCUUUUAACUGAUCAAGUAUUCCUUUACAUAGGAAUGUAUGCUGAGCAGCUCAAGACACUAGCCAUACACUUUGCUGGAGACAGUGAUGACGGGAUGUUAUAUGUGUUGAAUGGGUGCAAAAAACUGAAAAAACUUGAUAUCAAGAAUAGCCCUUUUGGUAAUGUGGCACUCCUGGCAGACGUGAGGAAGUAUGAAACAAUGCGAUCCCUUUGUAUGUUGUCCUGCCAAGUGACCCUUGGAGCAUGCAAGGCACUGGCUCAGGAGAUGCCAACACUCAAUGUGGAGAUCACUAGCCCUGAUGGUAAUGAUGAUAAAAUAGAGAAGAUGUACUUGUAUCGCACACUGGUUGGGCCAAGGAGAGAUGCACCUAAUUUUGUUCAGACGUUGUAGAGGAUAACUCGUGUGCAUCUGCAGUUGUUUGUGUAGUUUAUUUUGAUAAACUGUUAUGCAAUCGUAAUCUACCGGCGAAUUAAACUUCAUUUAUUUAUUGGAAUGAGAAGAAUCGAUUUCGUCCGCUA